AUGGCCAAGGUUAAAAGUAUCCGCAAGAAAAAGGAUCCCAAAGAAACAACUGACGAAAAAAAUACGACAACUCGAGAAGAAGAGAGAGCCGAUAGUGAUUAUGGCGAUGGUGAAAACAACCGCCUUAGUGUGAUUAGCUCAAAUAAUCGCUACAGUGUUGUUCCUGAUAUCGAGGUGUUGGUUCAAGAAUUGGAGAAGACAAAGAAUGAAAAGGAGGCUCUCAAGAUAGAGGCCGACAAGAUUAAGGAAGAAUUGGAGAGUCGCAAUCAAACUUUAAUCAAUGAACUUGAAUCGAGCAAACAGGCUGUCGAAAAGCUACAACAAUCACGUGAUGUGCCCAAUAACGUCACUCAAGAAGCCGAGAAACUGAAGACGGAAUUACAACAGAAAGAUGGUGCUAUUCAAGAAUUGAAUUCUCAGCUAAUAGCCACAAAGGAAGAAGUCGAGAAAGUCAAGAAAGAGGUAGCUGAAAGAAUUGCUUCUCAAGUUGAACUUGAGGCCAGUCAAGAAGAACUCGAACGGUUAAAGGCUAAACUACAAGAUCAAAAGGACAUAAUUGAAAAGUUUACCUCCGAGCUCGAAGCCAGGAAACUUGAGGUUGAGAAGGUAAAGAGAGAAACUCUCGAACAAAGUCAACGAUCUGCGAACUCCGAAAUCGAAUCGACCAAGGUGACCUUGGAAGUCCAAAAACACGAGAUCAACAAUCUGAAAACUACACUUGAGCAGCGUGAUUCCGAAUUGACGGCCACCAAAAAGGAACUGGAAAAGGUCAAAAGCUCAACUCAGAGUGAAAUAGCGAGGAUCCAAAUUGCUUCGGAUGCAAGCAAAGAAGUAGCCAACAAGUUGAAAGCCGAGGUUGAAAAGGGCAAGGAGGAGGCGAACAAACUAAGACUGAAGGCUAUCAUCGAGGAACAAAAACAUUCCCUUCUCCUGAACGAAGAAGAAAAGGCUAAUAUAACGGCAGAAUUCGAAAGGGCUCAACUUUCUCUUAAAUCGAAAACAAAAGAUUUCGAGAUUCUAGAAAGUUCUCUCAAGUCAAGUGUCGAAGAAAAGAAUAAGAUUAUCGAAGAGUUGAGGGUUGAAUUGACCAAAAGAGAGAGUGAAAUCGAGCUUGCCAAGAAAUCACUUUCAGAAAUGCAAUCUAUGGAAUUGGAAUCGCGAAAUAAUAACACUGAGGUUCAGAAUAAGAUUAUCGGAGAGUUGAGAGCUAAAUUAGCGGAUAGAGAGAGUGAAAGUGAGCUCACCAAAAAAUCCCUUUCAAAAAUACAAUCCUUGGAAUCGGAAUUGGAAAAGAAUAAAGCUGAAGUUCAACAACUUAACUCGGCACUUCAAAAUGCCAACGCCCAGAUUAAUGAACAACGAAAUGCAGCAAUUAGUGACAAAUUUGAACUUGAAAGACAACUCGCAAUCCGUGAUCAAUCGAUGAAACAACAAGCAGGAACGAUUGAAUCGCUUAACAGGGCUCUCAGCGGUGCUCAGUCUGCGCUUGAAUAUACAAAAGUGGAAUUAUCUUCAGUGAAAUCCGAGCUCGAAUCUAUAAGAGCCGAACUACUUUCAAAGAGAUCACAGUUGGAAUCUUCAAGCGUGGAACUAUCUUCGAUGAAAUCCGAACUUGAGUCCACAAAAGCAGAGCUAUCCUCGACGAAAUCAGAACUUGAAAAUUCGGAUCCAUCACUUGUCGAUGAACUCAGGAGCCAGUUAUUAAGCGCAAAGGCAGAGGCAAAGGCAACCGAAUGGGAUAAGAGUCGUUCAAUAUCCGAAUUGAAACAUGAAAUCGAGAAUAAAGACAAAGACGUGGCCAAGUUACGAGAAGAGCUUGAGAAGAUGAGGACAAAAGUUCGUGCUACCGAAAAAUCAAAUGAGGGAUUGAAUGCCCAAUUAACGGAGUUGCGAAAAGCCCGUGAGAAAGCCGAAUCCAAUAAUAAAAAUCGGCCAGCUAAGACAAAGACGGCAAAAGUAAACGUAGUAUCCACUGAACCUAUAUCCACAAAAGACGCAAAAACAACAACCGAAGAACUUCCAGCAACACUACAAUCCUCCUCAGAACGCGACAGUGUCGUUGAGCCGACGCAAACGAGAGGUGUAGAGACUACACCUCAGGCUAACGUCCCGGAACCGGGGGUUCACAAGAACGGAGUAAUUUCACAACAAAAAGGUGAUGGAGACGGCUGGAUCACGGUUCAAAAACGAAAGACAAGAACAAGGAACA